GUUUGGCAGAAACAAACAGCCAGAAACGGAUAUCAUCAUUGGUGACAAUAAUAAACAAACCAUAAAAUGAAAAAUAUGACUUAAAACGUUACGUAUAAAAAUAAUUGAAUUUAAGUUCAUAAAAAGUUUAGUGGUCCAGUGUAAUUUUGUAGAAACGUCAUUUGAAAAGCCUGGCAAUGUAUUGUGUUAUUCGUCAUACUAGAAACAUCAAGCUUCCUUCUUUUGUGUCUUCUACCAUUUUAAAUAGGACGAGCUGUUAUCAGCCAUUUGUGAACAGAACUCUAUUGAACCAAUUUUCUUCUUUAGCAAAAAUCACAUCAAAAAAAUCAACUAAAUUUCAAAAUGUCUUCUUCAGAAGUAAAUACCAUGAGGCUCUUGAGCAAAAAAAUAAAAACACUUUCUAUUAUCUAUCAGCAUUUACUAUAUUAGUGGGAGGAUUUACUUAUUCUUCUGUUCUUCUAUACAGACUGUAUUGUCAAACAACUGGUAAAGGUGGACAAGCAGUUGUUGAAGAUGUUGGAGACAGAAUAGCUGAAAUGAAAGUAGCCAAGCACCGCAACAUUGUUGUUAAGUUCAAUGCAGACGUUAAUUCUGCAAUGAGAUGGAAUUUUAAACCACAACAACCUUUCAUAACGGUUGCACCAGGUGAGACAGCUUUGGCUUUUUACUCAGCUUUGAAUCCUACAGACAAGCCUAUCACUGGAGUGGCAACAUAUAACGUCCUUCCUUUUGAGGCUGGCAAAUAUUUUAACAAAAUACAGUGCUUUUGUUUUGAAGAGCAACAAUUAAAUCCCCAUGAAGAGGUGGAUAUGCCUGUAUUUUUUUACUUGGAUCCUGAUUACGCUGAAGAUCCACGCUUAGAACAUGUUAAUGACAUCAUAUUAUCAUACACAUUUUUUGAAGCAAAGCAGGGAAUGCAAUUACCAAGACCAUCAUUUAUGUAAACUGUUGUUUAUUUAUCACAAAGUUUAGAAUAAAUUAUUUGAUUUUGUUUUAACUA